CAGAGAAAAGCCCCAGCCAAGUUGGUCUGAGACUCGAGAGACAAACCUCGCAGUCCCGUGGAAACCACCCCGACGCCCGUCCGUCGUCACACACAAUCAUCCACCACCAUUAUUUUUGUCUGACUAUUUCUAGUCAUAACUACUAGCACCUUAAAAUCGUAAUAAGCUAAAGCAAAUUUUAUCAGGGACUGUGACGUGGGGUCGAGAACAACAGACAUGGACAAUGUGCAAAUGAUCGGGACUAAAAUCACCGCGAUCAAGGAUUACUUAUAUAACUUUGCAAGGACGCACUCACCAACCAGACUAAUGAGUUCCGAGAAUACAUAUGCCCUUAGCCGGGAACAUUGCAAUUUAAAAUACUCUGACAUACUCCCUCAAAAUGUUGAGGGUUAUCCAGCAACGAAAGAAUUUUUGAUGAAAGUCGUUGAUAUUUUGCUUGAUUUUAUUAAAUCUUCCAAUGACCGAGAUUCAAAAAUACUUGAAUUUCAUCAUCCAGCUGACAUGUUGCAGCUUCUUGAUUUGGAAAUUCCCGAUAGUGGAGUUACACUGCAACAACUUUUGUUGGAUUGCUCAACGACUCUUAAAUAUCAAGUGAAAACUGGUCAUCCACAUUUCUUUAAUCAAUUGUCAUGUGGUCUGGACCUGGUUUCAAUGGCUGGGGAAUGGCUGACAGCUACUGCAAAUACCAAUAUGUUUACAUAUGAAAUUGCACCUGUUUUUAUCUUGAUGGAACAUGUGGUCCUGCAAAAAAUGAGAGAACUCAUUGGAUGGAACACAGGUGACUCAAUUUUAGCACCAGGAGGAUCCAUUAGCAAUCUCUAUGCUUUUCUUGCAGCAAGACAUAAAAUGUUUCCACAAUACAAAGAGCGUGGACUUGCUGCUGUUGGUGGACAGCUAGUAAUGUUCACGUCAGACCAGUGUCAUUAUUCCGUCAAAUCUUGUGCGUCAGUUUGUGGACUUGGCACUGACAACUGUGUAAUGGUCCCAAGUGAUGAACGUGGUCAUAUUAUUCCUUCAAAACUGGAGGAACUUAUUAUUGAACGAAAAGGAAAAGGACACAUUCCAUUUUUUGUCAAUGCAACUGCUGGCACAACAGUCAUUGGUGCAUUUGAUCCAAUUUCCGACAUUGCUGAUAUUUGCGAAAAAUAUGGUCUCUGGCUUCACGUUGAUGCGGCUUGGGGUGGUGGCCUGCUAUUAUCAAAAAAAUAUAGGCAUCCCAGAUUGACUGGUAUCGAACGUGCUGAUUCAGUUACUUGGAAUCCUCAUAAACUUAUGGGUGCUUUACUACAGUGUUCGUCUAUUCACUUCAAGGAAGAUGGAUUACUCAUUAGCUGUAAUCAGAUGUCUGCUGAAUAUCUGUUUAUGACAGAUAAACUCUACGAUGUUAAAUAUGACACUGGUGACAAGGUAAUACAGUGUGGUCGUCACAAUGACAUUUUUAAGCUUUGGCUGCAAUGGCGCUCAAAGGGAACUGAUGGUUUUGAAAAACACAUGAAUCGAUUGAUGGAAUUAACUGAAUACAUGGUUAAACGAAUCAAGGAAAUGUCUGAUAAAUUUUACUUAAUUCUCGAGCCUGAAUUAGUGAAUGUUUGUUUCUGGUAUCUUCCAACACGAGUUAGAAAUAUGCCUCACAGUUCACAGCGAGAAAGCAUACUUGGCGAGAUUUGUCCAAUCUUAAAAGCACGAAUGAUGGAAACUGGUACCUUGAUGGUCGGUUAUCAACCAGAUGACCGCCGUCCAAAUUUUUUCCGAAAUAUCAUCUCCAGCGCAGCCGUUAAGGAAAGUGACAUUGACUUUUUAUUGACAGAAAUGGAUCGACUUGGUCAUGAUUUGUAAUUUAGUCAAUAAAAUAAUAUUUUAAGGCUUCCCUGGAGACAACCAUGAAUAUUGAAAUAACACAUAAUCAAAAGAAAAAAAAUAUUAGUAAUAUAAACUAUAUAGUUUUGAAGCAUUUGUUAUUUUUCAAUUGUAUCAUAUAUAAUUUUAAAUAUAGAUAAAAUUGAAAAAAAAAACCACUGCAAGAAAAAUUUAUCGAAAAAGAAAGUUUUAGUCAAAAUAAAAAAAAAACGAUUCACUUUUUGUUUGAUUCUUAAUGAAAGUUGGCUUAGGUAAUCUUACAAAAGUGAAAAUAUAUAAAUACAUAAAUUUCAAAUAUAUAUAAAGUUAUAAAAAUAAAAAAAAAAAAAUUUACUGAUAAUCCAUAUGGUGGUUCUCAGUCAUCAAAGUCCAUAUAAAUAAAAAAAAUAUGUAUUUUCAAAAAUAGAAGAUAAUUAAAAUUGUCAUGAAAAAAACAUUUAGAAAAUAAUAUUCUGAGAUGUGUUGUUGUACGAAGCGAGCUGGCUCGUUCGUGAAUGAAAUAUUUUGCGAAUAGGGAAAAAGAAAUAAUGAAUAUCACACCUGAGAUGUGCAAUAAUUGUUGAAGAUAAAUGAUAAUAAUUAAUUUGAAAAAAAAAUCGCAGUGACAUAUCACUAAUUAAAUAUUCCAUUGUAUAACUGCAAAAUUUGAGUUAUCCAGUUAUUACUCUGUUAGUAUAGCCAAAGAAUAAUUAUUUCAAUAUUCAAAUGUCUAAUAUUUAAAAUCGUGAAAGUAUAUAUGUCUACUUUCAGCAGUAUGACUACUAUUAGUUAAAAAAAAAAUACUCUUUUUUUUUGUUGAAGUUUGAAAUGAUAUGUAAUUUAUUUAUUAAUAAUUGAUGGCUAUUUAUUAUUACCUGAAAAAAUAGAAAAAAAAUUAAUUUGAUAUUUAAAAAAUUAGGAAUAAUCGAAAAAUGCUUGUCGGUAAUUUUUACAAUAUUAAAUUAUAUCUAUCAAUUGAUGAAAAAACAAUAAAAAAAAUACAUAGGAAAAUAAAAAUUAUACAAUGUACAUUGAUGGAGUUCAAUUUAAGUUGUUUUGUUUAACUAAUUAUGGGUUUAAACAUUAUAAAUUAAAGUUAAAAAUAGAAUAUAUAUGUGUAGAUGGGCAAUAAGAAUAUAUCAGUGUCAAUUCGAGAUCUCAUAGAUGGUGAUCGUUAAACGUAUAAAUGUCGCAUAAUAGAUCAAUCAAAUGAUACUAUAAUAAUUAAACAAUUAUUUUAAUUAAUUACUUUUAUAGUUAAUUAUUCUGACAUUAAAGCAACACACGAAAAAUUAUGAAAGGAAAGAAAGAUAAAAUUAUUUAUAAGAAGAAGAUUGUUUAAGACAAUGAUGUAUUUUCUUUUUUAAAAAUCAUUAUCGCUUAAAAAAACAGAUACCUGAGUGAAGAUAAAAAUAUUGAGGAGAUAUAUUACACAAAUAUUAAAUCUAUGAAGAAUUUAUAAAAAGAAUAAAAUGAUUAUUCUGGCUACGUUUACAAAAACUGGAAAAAAAAGUUAAAAUAUUAUGAAAAAUGAUGAUAUUUGAUUUUUUUUUUUUUUGCUAGAAAAGCCUACUGUUGUUGAAAAAUAAAAUAAAAUGAAUUUUAAUUCGAAAUGACAAAGUUUUUAUGUAAAAAUAGAUACUCAUUUCAAUAACUGUUACACAGAGUUGACACUAUUGCCGGACAAUAUCAAUUCAUUCAUGAUUUUUAAAUGAUAAUUAAUCCAAUUGAAUAUUAAACUAAUUGUAUAAAGUAUUUGUUUUAAUUUAAUUUAGAAAUAUUAUUAUCUUACGUUUUGUUAUAAAUGUUACUCGUUUUUUUUUCCAGUAAAACAAUUUAUUCAUUUUAUUACUAUUACUAUUAUUAGUCUCUAAUUGAGAUAAGUUAUUAAAAUUUUUUUUUAUUGUGCUAAUUUUAUUAUUUUUUAUAUUGAAGCCAAACUUUGUUCGUAAUUUUUUUUUUUAUUAAGACUGUAACUAAAUGAAAUACGCAACAUUAAAUACCUUUUUUUAACAACUACAUCGUAUGAGUUAAUUAAUAAGAAGUUAAAAUUAAUUAGAUAAAAUGUUAUCAAAAUCCAAAAAGAAACUGGAUUAAGCAACAAAAUCUCAUGUCUUCCAUUCAAUAAGAGAUAGAUAUAUAAAUACAUAUAUUUUAAAAAAAUAAUUAUCAAAAUUACUAAUACUAACACUAUUAGUGAACCUCGAGUCAAUGUUGAUGUUUGAUAUACCUAUAUAGUUUCAAAUAAAUAAUAUAAAAAAAAGAGAUUGUCCAGAUCGUCCGAUAUGAAUAUAAAAAAAGUUACCGAUCCGUAUAAUAAUAUAAAAAUGAUGAUACAUCAGGGAUAAUUGAUAAAUAAAAGUUAUUAAUCGAAAAAAAAAAACAGUCAAAGAUAAUGAUAAUAUGAAAUUGUGGUAUUUUGUUGUCUUGUUAAAUGUUCAUUUUAAUAAUAACACCAUCUAAUUGUAUACUGUAUAUCAAUGUCUAAUAAAAUGCUGUUACCCUAUGAAUAAAAAUUUAAAAAAAAAUGUCAAUAUUAUUG